AGCAGCAGCAUCGCAAGCGUCGUCUCUGGGAAGGCAACCCGGCUUGGUGGCUGUCAUUCCUUCCUUCUGGGUCCGGCUCUGGGCACGCCGUUGGGUCCGGGCCGGUGCGGCGGCUGCUGGGAGCCCCCGGGGGGCAUGGCGGAGGGCAGCCCCGGACUCCCCGCCUCGGGCUCGCCCCGGCCCGGGCCCCACAACGCCCCCCGCAAGCCCCGAGCAGGAGCCCAGCCAGAAGAAGACGCCGAGGAAGCUGGCCCGCCUUGCACCAGCCGAGACCCUUCCUCCGAAAGGGAGCAGCAGCCCCCAGGCCUGGCCAGGAGCGCCCCCGCCGCGGGCAUCAUGAAGGAUGGGUCCCGCCAGCGUCCCCUUCAACAGAAGAAGAAGACUGUCUCCUUCAGCACCAUGCCCAGCAACCGCAAACUCAGCAGCACUGCUGCCUGCAUUUCCUUCAUGCUUGAGGGCUGUGAAAUGAAGAAGGUGCGUUCCAACUCUCGCAUGUACAGCCGAUUCUUUGUACUGGACACAGACUUGCGCUUCAUGCACUGGGAACCUUCUAAGAAGGACUCGGAAAAAGCCAAGAUUGAGAUCAAGUCAGUGAAGGAAGUACGGGUUGGGAAGAAAACACCUGUGCUGCGCUCCAAUGGUCUCUCAGAUCAGUUCCCAGAUGAAUGUGCCUUCUCCAUCAUCUAUGGAGACAACUAUGAGUCCUUGGAUCUGGUGGCCAGUUCAGCUGAUGUGGUGAAUGCAUGGGUAAUGGGUCUGCGGUAUUUGGCCUCUUAUGGGAAGCACACCCUGGAGGAGACCCCUGAGGCUGGACACCCAAAUCCCCGCACCUCCUGGGUCUCCUCUGUCUUUGAGAUUGCGGACCUACAGAAAGAAGGCCGCAUCCCAAUUUCCCGGGCUGUGCAGCUCAUCCGAGCACUUAACCCUGGCAUGAAAGUCUCAACAAUUGAACUGAAGUUCAAGGAACUGCAGAAAGCAGCCCUUGAGCGAGUUGGAGAAGAAGUGAACUGUGAGGUCUUUGUGGAAGCCUACUGUGAGUUGUGCACCAGGCCAGAGGUUUUCUUUCUCUUGGUCCAGUUUUCCAGCAACAAGGAAUACAUGGGCCUGAAGGACUUAAUGAGCUUUUUGGAAGCAGAGCAGGGCAUGGAAGGGGUGACGGAGCAGAUGUGCAGGGAUAUCAUCACCAAAUAUGAGCCAUCCAAGGAAGGACGAGAAAAGGGCUACUUGGCUGUUGAUGGCUUUACUCGCUACCUCCUCUCUGCAGACUGUGACAUAUUUGACCCACAGCACCGCAAAGUCUGUCAGGACAUGAGCCAGCCACUGUCCCAUUACUUCAUUAGCUCAGCACAUGGAGCAUGUCUGGCAGAAGACAGCUGUUUUUGGGGUGGCUCAACUUCAGACAUUGGGGGUUAUGUGGCAGCUCUCAAGGCCGGUUGCCGUAGCUUGGAACUAGUGGUGGGUGAUGGUCCAUCUGGAGAGCCAGUAGUUGGUGCCGGGACACGCCUGGCUUUCUCCAGGGUGGUGAGUGCUGUUGCUGAGCAUGCUUUUGAGAGCUCAGAAUUUCCUCUCAUCCUGUGCCUGUCUGUGCGCUGUUGUGUAGCCCAGCAGAGGCUUGUGGCUGAACACCUGAGGAAGACCUUUGGAGACAAGCUGUACAUAACACCCCCCAACUCCAAUGAGGUCUAUCUUCCUUCUCCAGAAAAACUCAAGGGAUACAUUCUCAUCAAAAGCCGGAAGCUACAUCCCAGCUGCCAAUUGAGUGAAGGGGAUGUCUCUGAUGAUGAGGAGACUAUCGAGCUGGGUUUGCCACUUAGUGAGGAGCACCAGGAUCAGCCCCGCUGCCGGCAGGUCUUAUGCCGUGAGCUCUCCGAUCUAGUGAGCUUGUGCCAGACAGUGACUUUUCAGAGUUUUGAGUCCUCCCGGCGGGGCCAGUCCUAUUGGGAGGUUUGCUCCUUUAGUGAGGUGGAGGCCGGUCGCUAUGCCAAUGAGGAGCCAGAGGAUUUUGUGGCCUAUAACAAGCGCUUCCUGUCACGAGUUUACCCCAGCCCCAUGCGCAUUGAUGCCAGCAAUAUGAACCCUCAGGACUUCUGGAAGUGUGGCUGCCAGAUGGUUGCCAUGAAUUACCAGACACCAGGCCUCAUGAUGGACCUGAAUGCUGGCUGGUUCCGUCAAAAUGGCGGUUGUGGCUAUGUGCUCAGGCCUGCCAUUAUGCGGGAGGAAGUAUCCUAUUUCAGUGCAAACACUAGGGACACCUUACCUGGUAUCUCAGCUCAAUUGUUGCACCUCAAGAUCAUCAGUGGUCAAAAUCUGCCCAAACCAAAGGGCUCUGGGGCCAAAGGUGAUGUGGUGGAGCCAUAUGUUUGUGCAGAGAUGCAUGGUAUUCCUGCUGACUGUGCUGAAAAGCGCACCAAAACAGUGGUGCAAAGUGGUGACAAUCCAGUCUUUGAAGAGACUCUGGAAUUCCAGGUGAACCUCCCUGAACUGGCGAUCCUCCGGUUCAUGGUGCUAGAUGAUGAUUACAUUGGAGAUGAGUUCAUUGCACAGUACACCAUCCCCUUUGAGUGCCUCCAGAUGGGCUACCGUCAUGUUCCUCUUCAGUCCCUCGCUGGCGAGCCUCUUCCCAAUGCUACCUUGUUUGUCCAUGUGGCCAUCACCAACCGGCGGGGUGGAGGCAAAGCACACCGCCGGGGGCUAUCAGGACGCAAGGGGAGGCGCUUGCGAGAGUAUACAUCCACCAAGGCCAUGGGAAUCAAGGCCAUUGAUGAGGUGUUCCGCACUGCCACACAGCCACUGCGAGAGGCCACAGACCUGCGGGAGAACAUGCAGAAUGCUUUGGUUUCCUUCAAAGAACUAUGUGGCUUAACACCAGCAGCCAACAUUAAGCAGUGCAUCCUAAAGUUGGCCACGUGGCUUCAGCCUAGCGAAAAAGAGAGCCCCCCGGCAGUCACCUUGAAUCUAGGAGAGGAGUACCCAUCCAUGGAAGCCCAAGGGCCUGUCCCACAACUCCUGAGGAAAGUGCUUGCUGCUUUUGACACCAUGAUCCAGACAAGUCGGACGCUAAUUGAGUCAGCAGAUGCUGUUCAUGCCAAGAUUAUCCAGGUGCAACAAACAGGGAUGGGUUUUCACAAGGAGCUGCAUCGCUUGGAAACAAAGGAAGGCCUGAAAGGACGGAAGAUGCAGAAAGCUCUAGAAAGUUUUGCCUGGAAUAUUACCGUUCUCAAGGGCCAGGCUGACUUGCUGAAACACUCCAAGGCAGAAGCGCUGGACACAUUGUGGCAAAUACACAAUGCUGCACAGUCCUGUGGCAUUGGGCAGAACGGAGCCGCCUCUCCUGACCUCUUUCGUAGCCGAACUGUUCUCGAUCCCAUCCCAGAAACGGAAGGACCCAGUGAUGCAGGGUCUUGCUGACUUUGGAUGGCUAAACCAAGAGAGAAGAGAGGACUUGCGGUCAGAGUGGGUGCCAUACAGAAACAUUGACAUGUGGCAGAUUUGUUUAAAAGAGAGAGAAGAAAACACAUGAAGUUCAGUUUUCCUUCUGACCUGAAAAGCAAAUAGAAGAGUGCCAUUCAAUUUCCAAGUAUUCAUGUGUGCAACAAGCACUUCAAUUUCCUUAUCACAAAAUGUGGAGGCUGCCCUGCGUCUUUUGAAUGUGCAAAUUAUGGGAUGGUGGCAAGAGACAGAUUUUACCCUUCCUCUCAGGCAAAACUCAUGAAAAAUAAUCCAUCACUGGAUGGAACAGGUGAUAUACUGUAAUGGGACUUUUUCUGUGUAUUUUGGUGAAACUGGAAAGAAGUCUGUCCAUAGCCAGAAAAGGCUGGCCACCUAAUGUUUUGGGCCAACAAAUAAAUUUUAUCUGGAAACCUUUA